UCCCAGAGAUGCUAUAUUAUAUAUACAACAGUGUAAAUUAAGUAGAUCCUAUUUCUGCUUUAAACUGUAGUGUAACUUUCUCAAGGUGGAUUCUGGAGAGAGUAUGAUAAGCUGGAAAUAUUGAGUGUAUUUCUGUGUUUCAGAUAUUUGCUGCAAAUGAUUUCUAGUUGAGAGAGAGAGAAGAAUUAACAUGGGAGAUUAUCCUGCCUGAUUCUUAAUUUGUGGUUGUUUUUUAAAAAAAAAGAAGAAGAAAAGAAGAAAAAUAAUGUUAUUAUCAUGAACAUCAUAUGAAAGACCCACAUGAUCAAUAGUGUGUCUCACUGUGAGACUGUGCCUCACCCUAUCAUGUUACUUAUUUAGGUCACCUGUUGAAAGAUGUUAGAGCGACUUGAGGCUCCUGGGAAGGAUCUCAGACGGUGUUUUUGGUGGCAGGCAGUUGGUGUCAUAACCCCGCCCCCUGUUCAAAGAUGGUCGUUCAAAGUGAACAUAGAUGGCUUCUUUCACCUUUCUUUCAAACCAUCUUUCUCCGCUGUCCAAAAUGUGAACAAUGGUGUCCUCAAAAGAGUGACCUUUGACCUUUAGGUGCAGAUGUACAGCUGAGUCUUGUCCUGUCCUGCUCUUCUGCGUUGUGCCAUGCAUUUAUAAAGAUCUAAGCAUUCCACGCUGCACUGAACAGCAUAUACUACAUCCUUAAGUUUGUGUUUGGGAGUUUUGCCUUUGGGAUGAACCAGUUUUUCUCUGAGGGAGUGGCUGGGUUGGAAGUACGCUGGGAUCCAGUGCAAUGUGUCAAUCCCUGGCUACCAAAACUAGUGACUUGGGUCAUGGAAUGUCACCUCUCUGAUGGGGAAGGAGCAUGAGUUAGUGCAUGAGGUUGAGAUAUAUUGGCUAGAUAUAGUGGGGCUCACCUCAAUGCAUGGCUUGGGCUCUGGAGCCAAACUCCUGGUGAGGGGCUGGACUCUGUCUCAGUCUGAAGUUGUGCCCUUGGUGAGAGGCAGCGGGCUGGGAUGCGUGUCCUAGUAUCCCCUCGGCUAGCUGCCUGCAUGUUACGGUUUCUCCCAGUGGACGAGAGGGUUUGUUCUCUGCAACUUUGGGUUAGGGAAUGGGUGCUGACUGUCACCUGUGCUUAUGUGCUAAAUGACAGUUCAGAGUACCCAGCCUUCUUGGAGUACCUAGGCAGGGUGCUUGAGGGUGCUCAAUCUGGGGACUCAUACGGGGAGACUUCAACGCUCAUCUGGCCAAUGAUAGUGAGACCUGGAGGGGGGUGAUUAGGAGGAAUGGCCUGCCAGAUCUGAACCUGAGCAGAGUUUUGUUAUUGGACUUCUGUGCAUCAUGUUCUACCAAGAAGACCUGGAGCAGUGUAGUCUGGAUGUCACGGAGGCCUCAGUGUACUCAGGAGUUUGUACAGAGAUCUUCAAAAGAGAGUGUGUGCUCUUCCAGAAACCAGUCUACUGCUUUGUUCAUCUGAGCAUUCAGGAGUUUCUGGCUGCAGUCUACAUGUUCCACUGUUUCACCAAGAGGAAGACAGAGGUGCUGGAAGCCUUCCUUGGAGAAAAGUACAGUGGGUCAUCUCUGGAUGAUUUCCUUAAACGAGCCAUGGAGAAAUCCCUCCAGAGUAAAAAUGGCCGCCUGGACCUGUUUGUCCGCUUCCUUCAUGGCCUCUGUCUGGAGUCCAACCAGAGACUCUUAGGAGGUCUGCUGGGUCAGACAGAGAGCAGUCCAGGAACCAUCCAGAGAGUCAUCAACAAUCUUAAGGAGAUGAACAGUGAUGAAAUUUCUCCUGACAGAAGCAUCAACAUCUUCCACUGUCUGGUAGAGAUGAACGACCUCUCAGUACAUGAGGAGAUCCAAGUAUUCUUGAAGUCAGCUAACAGAUCAGAAAAGAAACUCUCUGAGAUCCACUGCUCAGCUCUGGCCUACAUGCUGCAGAUGUCAGAGGAGGUUCUGGAUGAGUUAGACCUAAACAAGUACAAAGCAUCAUUGGAUGGGCGACUGAGACUUUUUCCAGUUGUAAGGAAUUGCAGAAAGGCUCGACUGACUCAUUGUGUACUCUCAGACGCUCACUGUGAGGUUGUGGCCUCAGCUCUGACGUCUAACCCCUCUCAUCUAACAGAGCUGGACAUGAGUAAAAACAACCUGAAGGAUUCAGGGGUGAAACUGCUCUCAGCUGGACUGGAGAGUCCAAACUGUCAGUUGAAGACUCUGAGAUUGAAGGACUGCUGGUUGUCAGUUAACAGCUGUGAAUCUCUGCUGUCUGCUCUGGAUUCCAAUCCUUCCCAUCUGAGAGAACUUGACCUGAGUAAAAACAAUCUGCAUGAUUUACAUGUGAAGCAACUGUGUGGUUUUCUGGAGAGUCCACACUGUAGACUGGAGACUCUGAGACUGGGAGGCUGCUGUUUGUCAGAGAGCAACUGUACCUCUCUAGUGUCAGCGCUGAAAUCCAACCCCUCACAUCUAAGAGAACUAGACCUGAGCUCUAAUGACAACAUGCAGGAUUCAGGAGUAAAGCAGCUGUGUGGUUUUCUGGAGAAUCCACACUGUCGACUGGAGACUCUGAGAUUGGAACGCUGCAGUUUGUCAGAGAUCAGCUGUGCUGCUCUUGUCUCAACUCUUAAAUCCACACCCUCCCAUCUGAAACAUUUGGACCUGAGUGAGAACAGGAACCUGCAGGAUUCAGGUGUGGAGCUGCUGUGUGGUUUUCUGGAGAGUCCACACUGUAGACUGGAGACUCUGAGAUUAAAGUACUGCAGGUUGUCAGAGAUCAGCUGUUCUUAUCUGGUCUCAGCUCUUGCUAAGUCCAACUCAUCCCAUCUGAGAGAGCUUGAUGUGAGCCACAACAACACACUAUUGGAUUCAGGAGUGAAGCAGCUGUGUGGUUUUCUAGGGAGUCCACACUGUAGACUUGAAACUCUGAGACUGGGGAACUGUGGUUUGUCAGAAAUCAGCUGUGAUUAUCUGGCCUCAACUCUAAAGUCCAGACCCUCUCAUCUAAGAGAACUUGACCUAAGUGGCAAUAAAAAUCUGCAGGAUUCUGGCGUAGAGCAGCUGUGUGAUUUUCUGGAGAGCCCACACUGUCGACUGAAGACUUUGAGACUGGAGGACUGCAGCUUGUCAGAACACAGCUGCAGAUUUCUGGUGUCAGCUCUGAAGUCCAACCCCUCCUUUCUUAGAGAGAUGGACCUGAGCUCCAACUACAAACUGCAGGAUUUAGGAGUGGAGCAUCUGUGUGGUUUUCUGGAGAGUCCACAGUGCAGACUGGAAACUCUGAGACUGGAGUACUGUGGUCUGUCAGAGAUCAGCUGUGAGUAUCUGGCUUCAGCGCUAAAGUCCAGCCCCUCCUAUCUGAGCGAGCUGCGCCUGAGAGGAAACAACCUGCAGGAAUCAGAUCUGAGGCAGCUGUCUGAGCUUGUGGAGGAUCCACAGUGGAGACUGGAGACUCUGGGGGUUGACAGGAUGAUUGAACCUUUAAAUGAAAAAGCCUGUGACUCUGAAGAAACAUUGGAUAUGAACCCUUUAGCUGAUUUAUCUGAGGAUGACAUAGAGCCAAUUAAGCCUCCAUCAAGCUUCACACCUGAAGAGCAAACUGAAUCCACACAAAUCUCCUACAGGUUCAGGUGUCCUGGUCCAGGCGUGUUCCAGUGUACUCUGACCAGACUGGUGUUUGUUAUGGUUCAGGAGGCGGAGCUGCUGUACUGGAAUGUCCAAUGGGAUGAGAGCCUCCUUCAACAAGCUGGAAAAACAGCUGCAGGUCCGCUGUUCAACAUCACAUGCUCUGAGGAUGCAGUCCGUCAGCUCCACCUGCCACACUGUGAAACAAAGGAGGCCUUGUGUGUUGAUGGCCUGCUGUCUGUCGCGCACAUCUUUGAUGAUGGGAUAAGCAUCUUGAAACCGAUGAGGAUCACCGACACGCAUGUGAUUGUGAGCGUCUCCCACUUCUCUGCCUUUGGCCUUAUCUGGAAUUUUGUUAAAAAGUCCUUUAAAAUCCCAGAACCAGGCCAGGUUCUGCUGUUCCUCCGAUUUAAAGACACAGUGCCUCUAAAAAUCAACGUGUUUCUCCUGCAUGAAAGAAUCCAUCUGUCAGAGGUUAAAAAGCAACAAGGCAGUGAUGCUAAAUACAUUGAGACGUCUUCAGACUGCGUGCUUCACAUCGGUCAGCGUUACAGUGUCCACUGUGAACCCGAGGGCCUGAAGAUACAGCCGAAGCACACAGAGUUUUGGAACAAGCUUGGACCGAAUUACUAUCCAACAUUUGAGGUUUUCCUGACUGCAAAGCUGGAGGUUGUGACUCUGAUAGUCAAAGACCAAGAUGGAAAUGAAGUCUGGCGCCGUAAAGUGUUUGUCCCAGAAAAGGACCGAGUCUCACCAGAGGACAGCGCACACCACAAAACAAAAAAAGAUGAGAAUAAGCUGCUUCAAAUCCGCUCAGAGUUUAUUGAAAGAGUGUCUGCAGAGGGUUUAAACAAAAUUGUAGAUAAACUCCUUGAGCGUCCAGUUAUUAAUGAUGCAGAGAUGGAGUCUGGGACAUCUGAGACAAAAAGCAGAGCAAAUAAAGUGCGAUGCAUAAUCGACACCGUGCGACGAAAAGGAAAUGACGCCUGCAGACAUCUGCUCGAUGUUCUCAAAGAGGUGGACCCAACCCUUUUCAGAGUGCUCGUGCCAAAGCGAAGCCGAAAAAACCUCUAAAGAAGCUCAUGAGCUGUGGGCUGUGAUGCUAAAGUCUCACGUUACUUAGUGAAAUCUUGAAAUGACGAGAUUUUUUAAUCACUCUGAAAGUGAUUCUCUUGAACCAACUUGGACUUGUUUGAAUGGAUGCUGAGCAGAAAAUCAGAUGGAGCUGUUUACAAUCUCAGACUGCUUCAUAAUGUUAAAGGUGUUUCCCUAAAGUCAUUCUAGCUUUCUCUCACUAGAUGGCGAUAGAAGCUCGGUGAUGGAGGCAGUACUGAAAGUCACAUGAAAGAUUAAAAAAAUACCCUCACACAUAUAGACAGGAAAUGUGCACGUUAACAUGAUGUUUAUCAGUUUUAAACUGAUAGAAAUGCUAUUAUUAAGUUUUCAUUUUUACUCAAACUAUUUUUAAAUAAUCCCAGAUUAAAUGGUAAAUGGACUGAUUCUUAUAUAGUCAAGUACUCAGAUUAACAUCAACAAUUUCAAGGUGCUUUAUUUUGGAAGGGAAAGACUUGUGGUUUGAAGGAUUCUGGAUCAAAGCUGCAAGUUUAUUUUUUCAGUCUUGAUCAUCUGAAUCAAUCAAAUUAAUGUUACUGUGAAAUUAUUCUAAUUAUUUUGUACGGAUUUUGGCUGUUAUGUGUUUACAUUGCAUUAGUAACCAUCUGUCUUAACUGUUCCUUAUGUGAUUAAAAUCACCACAGUUUGGUAAUCACAAAGAUUCAUGUUUCCUUCCUCUCUGCUAAUAAAUUAAGCCAUUAAAUUUCCUCUAAAGGUCUUCAGUCAGUUUCCUCUGACUUCCUAUAUCACACAUACAAAAGUUGACAGGGAAGAGAACAGCAUGUGUGACACAAAAGACCAGAGGUCUGUAUCAUGAAGAUGGCUUUUGUUUUAUCCCAGUAGCUUCAGGGCAGAUGGGUGGGUGGCAUUUCUGUUAAUAUCUGCUAAUAUUGUAAAUAAUUACUGCUGAGUGUGUGAGAGAUGUGAAUGAGGUUGAUGAUGGCAGAUAAAAACAAGCUGCAGUGAGAGACGACUCUUUCAUCUCUCUGUGUCAUGUAAAGAAAAGAAAGACAUGGAUGUAAAAGCUAAUAAAGGUGAAGUUAGGAGGUGUGAAAACAAACCAGGAGUCAGGCUGUGUGAGGAUUUUAGACAGAAGUUGUUAAAUACAAAGAGAAGAGUUGGAAAUAUGACAGAACAUGUGAGACAUUUAGAACAAUAAACUAUGUAUAGCAAUGUAAAUGUGGGAAGGGGCGCUGAAGGUGCUGAUUGUCAGCUUUCCCUAUCCAGAGUACUGCUGCAGCUUCAUUAGCCUCUGCUAACACAACAUACCUCAGCCUGCCACCCAACUGUGGCAAUGCAAAUGACAGGAAACAGGAAUAAACCCCGGACACAAGAGACCAGGAUAACAUCCAGAAGGUUUAUGUAAGGCUGCCAGUGCAUACUUUGACAGAGAGUCUGUGAGGCAAACAACCCGGGUGAGGAAAAGCCCCAGAAAUCAGCCUAAACAUCUUUCCAGGCGCACACUAGUGCAGCUCAUGCUGUGUGUGCCGUGGGUGAAGUGACAGACUAUGAAGCUGACCUGUCUCUGUGGGUCACUCAGGAAGUGAAGAGGACUAUAAACUAAGAAAGGUUCGACUGUAAUAAAAGCUCUCUCAUCUCAGCUCUCUCACAUUUUAAACAUAGUUACCUUCACAGAUGAUCUGACCGCUGCCAAGAGAUUAAAAGCCUACAUGACACGCGAGAACGACAUGACGGUGAUGAAAAUGCGACAAAGUUAAAGAUGAGGGAAACCGAUAAUAAGAGGAAGUGAAAAUGUGGAAAGUACACAGGAUUGCAAAAUAAGACAGGACAUGACUUGAAAUAGAAACUCAAAGUAAAGAUGGGGAAAUGUACCUGUCAGGUUUGGACACAAAGGAUGGGUGAGAUAAAACACUGUGUGUGGAUCCUUUCCACGCAUUUAAUGUAAUACACACCUUUAAAGUAACUCUUUAAACAUACAGCCUGCUGAUGUUCGUCUGUACUAUCAUCAUGACUCUGUGUUUGUGAUGCAUUUUUCAUGCUGGUUAACCACUGAUGCUUUAGAUUGAAGUAAAAACAGUAAAAACCUGCGUGACAGGAGCUUUGAAUCCCGUGUUGAAGUUUGUUUGCAGGAUUUAAAUUUCUUUAAAAAAUGUCUUCAAUCUUGGGGGAAACGUUUCUUGUGCAGAAGUAUUCAAAGUUAAAGCCACUUUUCUCCACCUAGUCCCGUAUCUCUCUGUACCCGUAUCUCUCUGUACCCGUAUCUCUCUCUCUCUCACACACGCCUGCCGAA